AUGACACAAGGCAAAAAAGAAAAAUCAAUAUAUUUAUACAAACAAACAAACCCGGAAUUGUACCUGGCUGGCAACAUCAGCACCAGGGGACAUGGAUUGAAAAAACAACAAUUAUUGCAAAAUCAGCCUCUUUUUCAACUGCUUGAUGUUCAUGAGAAGAAAAUUGAAGUUGAGGAAAGAACAACCUUAUGGUUUUCUGAGUUGGAAAAAAUUUAUCAAGAAGUAACAAUGCAAUUAAAUACAAAUACACAUAAUAAUCAGCUCACUUUGAAUUUUGUAUUUUGUAUGAGAAAUUUUUGGAAUAGGCUUAUAGCAGAAACUAAUUAUAUCAACAAACCUAAAUCAAAAAAACGAAAAAUUGGGACAUUGGCACAACUUGGAACAGACAAUGGAUUGGGAACCAAUAAAAGAAAAUGGAUCAAAGAACACUAA